AUGGAGUGCCUCGGUAUUCCUGUUGACCAUCGACUGCGGUCUCUAAUUCGGGAAGUUCGGCCAAUUGAUUCGAACGUAUUGGACUCUGAUCAUAUUCGAAUACUCCAAGAAUUCGGAACUUCACUAAAGGUGGGGGAGGAUGAGGAUGACUAUCUUGCGACAUGUGAUCUCAGCUUUGGAAUCGAAAUGGCGCGACCUGAAACCAAGGGUGGCAUUCUGGUUGCCUUGUUACAACCCCACUCUUCACAGGAUAACUCAGAUGGCUUCUUAGCAGGUAAACGCAAUUGUUCGACGAUUAACGCAGUAUCUGAGUUGAUUUCUGUGGCAAGCAAUGCAAGAUUAUCUUUUGAUGGCAUCAGUGUUUUUGACGCAGUACCAUUUCUCAACGAGAAGGUUACUGGGAAAAACAUUAUUGAGAAGGCACAUGACGUGUUCGUCGAGAUGAUCAAGGCAAAGCAGCCAAAAGUGGUAAUAUCCUGCUUUAACAAGCAUACAACGAACGCAAUUGUUCAGAAUUUAUGUCAUCGAGGAAUUGGGUCCAACUUCGAUUUUGAUCUCCAGGGGUCAAGGCAGCUAGCUGAAUCGGGCUUGGAGCUUAUUCGCGUAAAUGCAUUCCAUCCCAGCUACGCGAUCAACCGCUUUCCGGAAUUCAGUUGCUUUAAGCGCCUACUGGUCCUGGAAUUCGUUAAGGCGUUUUCCUUGUGGCAAGGGAGAUGGAAUGAUGAGACGUGGAUGGCUAAUUUGAGAAAUGAAUGUCAUGAACAGGCAAAGAAGCUUCGGAAAGCCGAAGAAAAUCAAAGGUAUUGGAAAGCACAUUAUCUCACCAGCCAAUGGGCAGAUCUUCUCGAGGCUUUGAGAGCAGGUUUCAAGAAAUGCUUUUUCUGUGAAGAUGGCUUUACCUGUGUCGAAAAUCGUUCGUAUCGGCUGGUGGAAUCCAAGGUUACUUGGAUAUGUUGCGAUAUUGCGUCGAUUUUAGAGAAUGAAGAGACUGUUGUCCCGAACGUGCUCGAACAAUUACACUCGCAGUUCAAAAGCUGGUGCCAGAUAUCAUGGCCAACAACAGAGUUGCAACGCAACUUUAAUGGUCUCAAUGGGUACUACGAGCAUUCAGCACUGUUGCUCUUGAAAUCAAAGCAACAAGAGGCAUAUGCAAGGAAGCUUGAGAACAUUUUUUACAAUUUUCUACGGGAUUUGAAUCUGUCUUAUGAGUGGUGCCAAUACAAGACAAUUUGCAACAGAUUGGCUCUGGGAAAUUCUUUUCGAAGGUUUGCUGUGGCUUUUGAAAGCAUCCUAGAGGAAGCCCACGAAAAGAACAUGUCGUUUGAUCCGUCCGAUACACUAAGAUCUAUGAACUUGAACUCGUGA